ACUGGAGAUACAAACAGAGUCCACGCAGCGAGGCUUCUCCACCCACCUCCACCCUCCUCCUCCACCUCCUCCAGCUCGGAUCCGCCGUCGACCGCCCGUCGCUGCUUCUCCCGCAGGAAGAGCUGCAGCUGCAGGACACGGUGCCAUGCGCACGGCGACGUUUCCGCGUGGGCCCGCGCAGUGACAGCCGCGGGGGAUGGAGCGCUCGUCAUCGCAUUCCUGCAGACGCGACCGACGGUGAUCUAGACGGGAGGCUGCGUCGUCCUCACCCAUUCAAGACUACGUCUUCGUCUCCGGGGGAGAUCGCUUCUUGGUGACCAGAGGAACGCGCAUAAAGCCUCAACAAUGGGGGAGCAGCCCAUCUACAGCACGCGGGCCCACGUCUUCCAGAUUGACCCCAACACCAAGAAGAACUGGCUGCCCACCAGCAAGCACGCCGUCACCGUGUCCUACUUCUACGACAGCACGCGCAACGUCUACCGAAUCAUCAGCCUGGAUGGCACCAAGGCGAUAAUUAACAGCACCAUCAGUCCCAACAUGACGUUCACAAAGACUUCGCAGAAGUUUGGCCAGUGGGCGGACAGUCGAGCCAACACCGUCUAUGGCCUGGGAUUCUCCACUGAGCAUCACCUGUCCAAGUUUGCAGAGAAAUUUGCAGAGUAUAAAGAAGCGGCGCGCCUCGCCAAAGAGAAAAGUCAAGAAAAGAUGGAAAUGGCCACCUCGCCCUCGCAGGAAUCUCCAGCUGGGGAGCUGUCCUCACCUCUGACCCCUGUGACUCCGCCCAUGGAAAACAUCAACGGCACCGACGACAUCUGCGACACCACACCCAACUCGGAAUCCAGACCAGAACCGUCGCAGAACGCGCUGGCCUUCGCUCAUAGCCCAGCUAUGACAAAACACUGGGAGGCUGAGUUGGAGGCACUAAAGGGGAACAAUGCCAAGCUAACGGCAGCUCUGCUGGAGUCGACUGCCAACGUCAAGCAGUGGAAACAACAACUGGCUGCCUACCAGGAGGAGGCCGAGAGGCUACACAAACGAGUGACGGAGCUCGAAUGCCAGAGCAACCAAAGCCCAGCCAUCAAAUCCCAGAAGACAGAACUCAACCAAACCAUAGAAGAACUGGAGGCAAUGCUGAGGGACAAAGAAGAGGAAAUGGAAAAACUCAAAGAAGAAUUGGAAACCAUGAACGACCUCAUGGAACAGAAAGAUACCCUCUCCCAGAAACUCCAGGAGACGGAGCUUCGCAGUCGGGUGCUGGAGCAGCAGCUGGCGGGGGCCGAGCAGCGCCUGGAGGAGAACCAGGAAGAGCAAGAGAACUUCAGGAAGAGCCUGCGGACGCUGCUGGAGCUGCUGGACGGCAAGAUCUUCGAGCUGACCGAGCUCAGAGACACCCUGGCCCGACUCAUAGAGGAGGCCAGCUAAGAGACGGAGCUGCCACACGUCAGCGUCACAGAGCCAUAGCACCCACGACAAGCGAGAGCCCCAAAAUCUGAUCUUAAUCGUCCCCUUGCACCCAUCAUGCAGUUUGGAUAAGCUUGUCGUGAUCUUCUCUCCUACGUGGGAACUGUGCCUCAGCGCCAUCUGUUGUUCGACCGCCAGGACUACACCACAGCUUGCAGCAGCAGCAGCACAUCACCCUUCUUCACGCCCCCCCUCCCCCCAUAACACCCGGAAAGUCAUGCGGGAAAAAUUGCUGUUGGGACUCCGAAAACGGCGCCAAACUUCCUCAAAUGUUGUCCUUUCGCUACGUUGAUCCAAAGUGACUGGGCGAUACAGAGAAGCAGCAAAGCGUCGCAGUACCGGAGAAUUAAAGGAUUACGCUACACAAACACUACAGAGGAGAAUCUCUGGUGGUCCAUAGUCUGGACACACACACACCAACUACUACUUUUGAGAUCCUGUUUGAUAACAGCAGUGGCGUUUUGAUACCAGACAUCAGUGGGGCAUUAUGGCAGUUUAAAGUGAAUUAUAUAAAAUAUACAGUAAUAAUUAUCCUUAACAAGUUCUGCUUCCUGUAAAAUCCUGAUUUGAGUCCAACAAGUUAUUGACUGACCGCUACCUAAAUUAAAAAUGGACACCAGUUAAAGGGGAGCUGCACUUAUUUUCUCAUGUGAGUGCGUUCUAAAUAGUAAAACAAAACUGCUAGCAAGAGGCGGCUAACAAUACAGCUAAUGGAGAUUGACCUAUUCCGCCUAUAAAUUCCUCAAAAAUACCUCCCAAAAGCAAGUAUUGUGAUACAUAUCGUAUCGUGAAGUCAUUGUCAAUAACCAUUUCAAUAAAAUAAAUCCAUCCAUCCAUUUUCUACCGCUUGUCCCUUUUGGGGUCGCGGGGGUGCUGGAGCCUAUCCCAGCUGCACUCAGAUUUAUAUAUAUAUAUGUAUAUAUAUAAAAAUGUAAAUACCUAUCUAUCUAUACUACAAUAUAUUAUUCAUCUUAAAAAUGGUAAUUUUUAAACAGGUGAAAUUUCUUCUUUUCUGAAUUUGGCUGCUGACAUACGUGGUAACAUAUUGUGUAAUUUUCAGUUGUAUUAUUUCCUCAAAACUAUCAUUAAUCUACUUGUUAAUUUGUACUUUAAAUGUAAUAAUUUAUUUUUCUGUUGAUUUGACACUGACGAUACCACAAUACUGACGAUACCACAAUAUUCCAAUGCUGACAUUCCCCUUUUUUAACAUCAUUGAACGAUUCAAUAAAUUUAAAAUCACAAUUACAAUCAGACAAUCAGACAAAAACACAUAAAUGUAUUUAUAAAUGUAAACUAAAUACAUACAAUUAUUUAUGUUAUUUUUAAUUGUGUCUUUUUCAAUAAUUUUUUUUUAGGUAAUUCAUUUUUAAAAAGAUGUUUUUUAGGCCAGUGGUCCCCAACCUUUUUGUAAUUGCGGACCGGUCAACGCUUGAAAAUUUGUCCCACGGACACAAUCAUGUGUGCUUACGGACUGUAUCCCUGCAGACUGUAUUGAUCUCUAUUGAUAUAUAAUGUAGGAACCAGAAAUAUUAAUAACAGAAAGAAACAACCCUUUUGUGCGAAUGAGUGUAAAUGGGGGAGGGAGGUUUUUUGGGUUGGUGCACUAAUUUUAAGUGUAUCUUGUGUUUUUUAUGUUGAUUUAAUAAAAAAUAAAAAAAAUAAAAAAAAUAUUAUUAUUAAUUUUUUUUUCUUGUGCGGCCCGGUACCAAUCGAUCCACGGACUGGUACCGGUCUGCGGCCCGGUGGUUGGGGACCACUGUUUUAGGCUAUCUCCGCGCUCGCCAGCUGAGUGUGUACGUCAUGCAUCAGCAACCAAGAAAAGCUUUUGUAACCCGUUUUGAAAAAAUGUUACUGUAAUUUUUAGGCGAAAUAACGUAUUGCGAGAAUCGGUUUGAAUCAAGAAUCAAUUCUGAAUCGAAUCAUCGCCCAAAGAAUCGUAAUCAAAUGGCGACUUGUUUUAAGAUUCACAUCCAUACAAGCAACUCUAACAAAAAAACGACAUUUACGCAGUGCCAUCUACUGGAUGUGUUUGGGCACUGCCCCACUUUGUAAUUUCAUUCAAAAUGGCCACUGCUGGACAUGAUGUAUUCAUUUUGGGAAGGACGUAGGUUGGAUUGAGCGUGAGAACGACUUGCAUCCAGACUGCUUUGAGCUGUCUUCCUGCCAACCUCAAUAUGGUGCGUGUGUGUGUGCCCCUCUUGCCCCAACUGACCUUUUCAAGCCCUGCUUAAAAGUGUGCCUUCUGAGCGCACGUUAAGUCUGUUUGUAAAUAAAAUGUGUGUUUGUGCAGUGACAUGAAGGCCUACACACACACACACACACACACACACACACACACACACACACACACACACACAUUGAGCUAUACUAGACAUGCUCUGUAUACUACACCUCUAUUGUCAUGUUAUCAGGUACUUUUUCAAGUAGUGGACUACACACACACACACACACACACACACACACACACACACACACACACACACACACACACACACACACACACACACACACACACACACACACACACACACACACACACAUUCUUGUAUUUCUUCUUGAGACCUCCGAAAAAUGCCUACCUCUUGAGGACCACCCUUUCUAGAUAUAUAAAGAUUUGGAUUUACAACAUUAAUAAUAUAUACAUACUAUGCAAAUAUAAAAAAGGCAAGCUUUUAGUUUUUGGAGGGCUUAUUUGCAAUUGUUUUUUAAUAUUCAUUAUUUAAUUCAAGUUAUUACAGUAUGUCUCUAUAUACAUUUUUUUUUUUUUAGUAAUUUUGGCCAAAGGGAGCACAUUUCAAUUUCGUACACACACUUGUUAUUACAUAUGUUGGCCAGACGGAAGCACUUCCAUUUUUUUUUUUUUACACACACACUUGUUGUUUCAUAUGUUGACCAGAGGGGGAGCACAUUUAAAACCGACACACAGUCAAAUGGAAAAAUCCCUACUUUUUGGGACAACCCUAAUUUUGAUAGAUUUCACCACCAGGGGUGCAAAUGAGACAUUCUCUAUUAGAUGCAAUGGUUUUCCGUAUUGGGACCAUGAUUUAUGUCCUAACUUGUUCACCGGUCCUCAUAUGGAAGGUACUUUUCCUUGUAGAUGUCUCAAGAAGGGUAGUAAUACAAGAACACACACACACACACACACACGUGUCAAUGCAGCUGAUGAACCCCCGACAAACAGGAAGUGUACUGCUGUUGACCGCUCACCUGUGUGGCAGCCCUGCCGGUCAAAGCGGUGUGUCGCGAAGGGCUUCUAGAGUGUUCUAUCGACUAAAUUGUGUGACUUUCCACCCUCAGUGAAACUGGCCACAGGUUCUCUUUCACUCCUUUUUUUUUUUUUUUUACACACUUGAUAUAACAGUGGUAUAAUUAGAGAUCAAUAUACGACAACUUUGUAUUUGUGUAAAUGAAAUGAAGGCAAAUGCAGUUAUGGGACAAGUGUUACUACUUUGGACACUGAAAAUGCAUAACAGUGCAAUACUCGGAUACACCAGGUUGAUUAUUAUCAUUAUCAUUAUUAUUACUAUUAUUAUGAAUCCACGGCUGCUUCUUUAAAAGUCUUCAAAAUGUUUUGGGUUUUUUUAAACCUCACACAAGAUGCUGCAACUUCUACGGUCCAAACUCACGUGCUGAAUUGAGCACUUUGUGUAACCACAUGUAGAUUUAACUAGCACUUCAACCUAGAUAGUUGGUUAAUACACUGGGAAUAAGGACUUGGGAAGAAGCUUAAAUAUAACACGCUUAAUUGUUGACGAAUGCCUUUGUACAGUAGUGGAUAAGAAGCUUUUCUUUUUCUUUUUUUCUUGUUUUGUAAUGUAUGGUCAUUAUGUAAGUAUGAUUGUUGUAUUUAGAGGUAUGAGAAGACUGGCAAUAUUUUUGACUAUUUAAAAGUAAUUUUGAACUCAUGAUAUUAAAGAAGUACCUCAGGAU